AUGAUACCGGAACAUCCUGAUGAAAGACCUGAUCUAAUACAAGCCAGUGAUCACUGUGACCUGUAUACAAGACAAUACACGGCCAAAUUUACAGAAACACCAGGAGUGACAGUGCUCUCAGCUUCGGAUACCAUCUAUCAAAAUAUUUUUACUGAUAAUCAAUGUGCUAAACUAUGUGUCGAUUAUUCAGAAUUUGAUUGUAAAUCAUUUGAUUAUUGUCCCAAUAUAAAUACAUGUUUCCUUGGUAAAAAACAUGUAUUUGAUGUACCAAAAUCACAGAUUAAUAAAGAUGUUAGAUGCAAUCAUUAUUCAAGAAAUUAUGCCGAUGACUUUAAAGUCAAAGCUAAUAAACAGAUAUCAUUGCGUGAUAAUAGAGUUAUAGAAGGUAUAAGUGCUGAACAAUGUGCUAAAUUGUGUGUUGAGGAAGAAUCAUUCUCCUGUGCAAGUUUUGAUUAUUGUGGUAAUAUGACUGAAUGUAGAUUAAGCGAUGCUGCAAUGUCAGAUGUAGGCCAAGUGACGGUCGAAACUUCAGCAUAUUGUGCUGUGUAUCAACGAAUGUAUUUCCCAGAUGGAUCAGUAUACACAAAUACUAAAUCUUCGGGUUAUUCUGCUGGUGCUAUGGGCGGACUUGGAUUUGCUAUGUUAGUAGUUGGUGCUGUACUUGCAAUUGCAAUCUAUUUCGGAAUCGGGAAAAUGCGAGGAAAGAGUUUCGAUUUUAUGACCAUUUCAUUUAAAAAUAUGGAAAACAGUGAUUAGUUUGUUUGUAUUGUCGUGAUAAUGAAUCUUUUACUUUUGUAAAUAAAAUGUUUGAAUAGAAUAUGUGAAAAAAGAUAAAUUUCAUAUUGCCAGAAAAAAAA